UUUAAAGGUGUGGUGCAUACUUGGACUGUCUCAGACAUCUGCAGAAGCUCGUUAUCAAACCUUUAAGAUCAGCUUCAGAUCAGAAACCAUGAGGGCAUCUUCUAUGUGUCUGGUGUUCGGGCUGGUCCUGAUGAUGGCCUGGACUUCUGAGGCUCAGCCUUAUGGUCCUGCAGUCCCUCAGAAUUGCUGCUUCAAUUUUAUCGACUUUCAAAUUCCAACUGCAAAAAUUGUGAGUGCUGUGAAGACAAAUUCACAUUGCCCUGUCCCUGGCAUUGUGGUUACGACACCUAGAACCACAUUUUGUGUGAAACCAGACGAGGCUUGGAUAAAGAGUUAUAGGGAGAAGCAUCCAUCUUAAGAAAUAAAAACACAUUAUAUUAUGCACAAAAUAAUACUGUUACUGCUUUUUUUUAACAACUGUCCUUUCUUAAGAAAUGCAUUUUUGCAUUUCCUGAAACUGAAUUAAACUCUUUUCAUUAGUAACACUUUACAAUAAAGUUUAGUUAACUACUUAAGUUAACAUGAACUAAGAAUGAACAAUACCUCUACAGCAUUUAUUAAUCUUAAUUAAUGUUAAUUUCAGCAUUUAUGGAACCUUUUUGUAAAGAAUUACCUUUUCAUUUAGCACUUAAUCUUUGCAAAUAAAUAUUAAAAUGCAAUGAGA